AUGUUUGGUAUUGACAUGAACUUCUUAGAUGUAAGGAGCCUGUAUGCCUCCUGUAUGCAGGGUCACUGCGUGUUAUAUUCUGAUAUAGUAUAUUCUAGUAUGUUCUGGUAUACUCUAGUAUAUUUUAGUAUAUUCUGGUCUAUUCUGAUCUAUAUUCUGGAAUAUUCUGAAAUAGUAUAUUCUAGUAUAUUCUGGUAUACUCUAGUAUAUUCUAAUAUAUGCUGGUAUAUCCUAGUAUAUUCUGGAAUAUUCCAGUAUAUUCUGAUCUAUUCUUGUAUAUUCUGGUAUAUUCUAGAACUCUCCAGGGACUGCUUUAGGUAUAUUCGAUUCAUUUCUGGUUUAUUAUAUUAUAUUCUAAUAUAUUCAAGUAUAUUUGAGUAUAUUCUGGUCUAUUCUGAUAUAUUCUGGAAUAUUCUAGUAUAUAUUCUGGUAUAUUCUAGUAUAUUUUGGUAUAUCCUAGUAUAUUCUGGAAUUUUCCAGUAUAUUCUGAUCUAUUCUUGUAUAUUUCAGUAUAUUCUAGUAUAUUAUUCUAGUAUAUUCUGGUAUAUUCUAGUAUAUUCUGGUAUAUUCUGGUAUAUUCUAGUACAUUCUGGUAUACUCUAG